CCAAACCCAAAAAUGUUUGAUUUUCAGAGUAAACAGAGAGCAGCAAAUAGCCCUCCUUCGAGGGAACUCGACACUUACGUGCCCAUUCAAGGUAAAGGAAAAUACCCAAAGUUCAGGUAUGGCACCAGAUGACAACCUAUAUAAAACAACAACUGAUACACGGGCUACAUCAGUCAAACCUCUUGAAAGCAUCCCCGGGCCAAAGGGACUCCCCAUUGUCGGUACACUCUUUGAUUACAUGAAUAAAGACGGACUCCGAUUCACCAAAAUGUUUGAGGCAUACAGAAAGAGGGCGCUACAGUUUGGCCCAAUUUACAGGGAGGUAAUAGCUGGUCAGUCGACAGUUAUUGUGAGUGAUCCUGCAGAAUAUAAUAAAAUCAUAAGGACCGAGGGCAGGUAUCCGAAGAGAAUGGUAAUGGAACCUUGGUUUUACUACCGCGACCAGCGAAAAAGGGGACAAGGCCUGGUUAAUUCAAAUGGUGAAGAAUGGUAUAAACUUCGUGCUGCAUCUGCCAAGAAAAUGCUGAAGAUUAAAGAAGUCCUAGAUUUUUGUACAGAUAUGGAUGAAGUGGCCACUGAUCUCACAAAUCGUCUGGGCAGUCUCAGAAAUGAACAAAAUGAAGUGAUAGGCAUCGAGAAUGAGAUCUUUAAAUGGGCCAUGGAAUCAAUGGGCACGUUCUUAUUCAAUUCGAGGAUUGGUCUGCUAAGCCCAAAUCCUCCUCAACAACCAAGGGACUAUAUAGAGAAUCUACAGGGGUUCUUUAGGCUGAUGCAGCCUUUAACUUAUAACUUUCCACUCUACAAGAUUAUCCCAACGAAAGAAUGGAAACAAUUUCAAACGUACGCCGACAAUGUGUUUAGGAUUGGACGAUCUUUUGUAGACAAGAUAACAAGUAAGAUCCAAGGAAAACCACAAAGGGGAGUGAAAUCUUCCUUUGUUCAUCAUAUAAGGAGUCAGGAAUCGCUUACUGAAAACGAGGCUCUAUCUACAGUUGUGGACCUUCUUGUUGGUGCCACAGAAACGACUUCCAAUGCCUGUCUUUGGGUACUAUAUUGCCUGGCUAGACAUCCGGAUGUUCAAGAGAGAUUAUACGAGGAGACAAAAAGAGUUUUACCUAAUGGCGAAACAAUCACUCCGGACAAACUCACUCAACUUCAGUACGUCAAAGCCGUACUCAAGGAGACUUUACGGUUGUACCCAAUUACCUUUUCCACCAGCAGAUUCAUUGAAAAGGACACUGAAAUAGCAGGGUAUAAUAUACCAGAUGGUACCCACGUUCAGUGCAACCUGUAUGGAAUAUAUCGAGAUAGCAAAUUCUUUCCAGAACCCAAAGUAUUCAAACCAGAACGCUGGUUGAAGGAAACUCAAAUGGACAAAGAAGUGAAGGCUCUUUCAAAUCUUGUCUGGGGUCAUGGAGCACGCAUGUGUAUAGGUCGUCGUUUGGCAGAGCAAGAAAUGCAUAUACUGAUGACCAAGAUUAUACAAAACUUUCGUCUAGAGUACAAUCAUGAGCCAGUUGGAGCUAUCGUUAGAACAGUUAUGACGCCUGAUCGUCCUUUGCGUAUCUCCUUCAUUCCAAGGAGCAAAAAGACAGUUGAAAAUCCAGAGUUUUCUGUGACGAUUCCCUCAUCUUCUACAAAUUCUGCUGCCUUGGCUGCACAGAUUUCAUAACUUUGUUUGGACAACUUUUUUAUCAGACCACCUUCAU